AGCGAGCAACCCGUAGAAGACUAGAAGUCGUAACGCAAAGUUUUAAAAAGGCUGUGGCCCUUGUGGGCCGGAAUCGAACGGCGACUCUUGGGCUUGGGCCAGGAUGUCUCUCGCCGGCUGCGGCAGUGGCGGCGGCGCGGCGGCGACGUGGACGCCACCGUACUGCACCAUCGUGGCGGCCGACACGUCCGACUUCUCGUACCUCUCCUGCCCGACCUGCGGCCGCCGCGCGCUCCCGGGCCACCCCGAGGGCUCCCCCUGCGGCGCGUGCGGCGGACCCGCCCCGGCGCGCGCCUACCGGCUGCUCCUCUCCGUGGCCACCCACGACCGCGUCUUCCCCGUCGUCCUCUUCGACCGCGCCGCGCGCGCCCUGCUCGGCUGCUCCGCUGACGAGCUCGCGCGCCUCUUCGCCGCGCACCGGGGCGCCGCGCGCGCCGCGGCGGACGCCCUGCAGGGGGAAAUGUGUCGCCUGGCGCUGCGCGAGCCCACCAAGGACGGUGCCGAGCACCUCCGCGCCGUCUCCGUCGUGCCGCUCCGUGACGGGUUCCGCCCGGUCGUCGACACCCUCAGGACGCUCUACUCGCGCGCCGGCGGCUGACCGCCAUGCUUAAGAUGGAGUGUAUGUGUUCGAUGAAACGCUUGUAUGCGUCCUGCUCUGUAGUGUUGCGAACUGUCUCGAUCGAUGAUCUCUAACUGUGAUGUUAUUACAGUGUAGUAAUUGACCCAAAGACUUCCGGAGAGGCUUGUUUUGCCCCCGC